CCGCUGCAGUUUGUAAACAGUUAGUGGAGUGGUUUCUUUCAGCCUGAAUUUCAUUUAUAACUCUAUAUAUUUCUAUAUUUUUAAGAUGGAUCCAGAUGAGGAGGAGGAGGACAGUGCGUGGGGGGCGAUGGAUACCGACGUCACGACUGGGUUUGUGGAGAACCAGAAGCAGAGAGUGAUCCUUCAUUUUGACCUGGACUGCUUCUACGCUCAGGUGGAGAUGAUCCGAAAUCCAGCCCUGCGCUCCAAACCCUUAGGUGUGCAGCAGAAGUACAUCAUCGUGACGAGUAACUACGUAGCCAGGGAGCUGGGCGUGACCAAGCUGAUGCUGGUGAAGGACGCUCUGGAGAAAUGUCCUCAGCUGGUACUGGUGAAUGGAGAAGAUCUCACCCACUACAGAGAGACCUCGUACAGGGUCACGGAUCUGCUGAUGUCCUACACCCCCCUGGUGGAGCGUCUGGGCUUUGAUGAGAACUUUGUGGACGUUACGGAGAUGGUGGAGAGCAGGAUGAAGCACAUAAACACGUCAGAUCUGUCCUUCGUGGGUCACGUGUACGGACAUGAUGCCUGGGACGUUCCCGUACAGGACCACGUGACUCUGGCUGUGGGGUCGGUGAUAGCGGCUGAGUUGAGGGGGGCGCUCCACUCCAGACUGGGUCUGACCUCCUGCGCUGGCGUGGCCCACAGUAAGCUCCUGGCUAAACUGGUGUCGGGGACGUUCAAACCCAACCAGCAGAGUGCGCUCCUGCCCCACAGCGUCCCAGACCUGAUGGGGAGCCUGAGCGGACCGUGCAGGGUACCAGGUAUCGGGUACAGGACGGGUCAGAAGCUGAAGGAACUGGGCGUGGUCAGUGUGAGGGAUCUGCAGCUCCACCCUCUUCCAGCGCUGAUUCGGGAGUUUGGAGAAGCCGGUGCCAAGAGGAUACAGAGUCUGGCCUGCGGGGUCGAUCCCUCACCUGUUACCCCCGCCGGCCCCCCACAGUCCCUGAGUGAUGAGGACUCGUUUAGGAAGAUCUCCAACCUGAGUGAAGUGGAGAGUAAGAUCACAGAGCUGCUGAGCAGUCUGACUGAGAGGAUGUAUAAGGACGGCAGGUUACCUCACACUCUGAGACUCACGUUGAGGCGAAGCACCGCAGUGAAUCACCGCUGGUUCAGCAGAGAGAGCCGCCAGUGUCCCAUACCCCACAGCACUGCGUCCAGGAUCAUACAGGGGCGUGGCGAGGCGGUACCUCAGCUGGUUUCCAUAGCGAUAAAGCUCUUCCACAAGCUGGUGAAGGUGAGCGAGCCGUUCCACCUCACCCUGCUGAACGUGUGUUUCACCAACCUGCAGCCCAGGAACCAGGGGAGGAACCACAUCAGUUCCUUCUUCACUCAGAAACCAACGGCUGCAGGACAGGAGGGUUCCUCAGGUCUCAGUGUGCACAGCGUUCUAUCCACGUCCUCACAGUCAGGAGCUGUGUGUGGUGAACAGAACAACCAGAAGAACGAAGAACCAUCAUCAUCAUCGUCAUUUUUCACCAAGAAGUCCCAAACCAAACCCUCAGAGAAGCUCGUUCCUGAACCCUCAGAUCCAUCCGGCACCUCAGGAGAACCGGCGUGUUCCAGACUCCCACCUCACAUCGACCCCGAGGUCUUCAGAUCCCUGCCAGAACACAUCCAGACCGAGCUCAUGAGCAGCUUCCAAACCGGAGACGCUGCAGCUCCGAGCGACACCGGCCCUGCGAACACCGAGGGUACGGGUGCUAGUGCAGCUGCAGAAGGUCCGGACGUUCCUCCUGACGUAGAUCCCACGGUGUUCUCACAGCUCCCCCCAGAGGUCCAGAGAGAACUGCGGACGGAGUGGAGGCAGAGCAAACCCGCACUCAAGAUCUCCUCCAGAAAUACAACCAAACGCACCAGCGCCCAGGUCAGGAGGGGUGUGAGCAGACCCUCCCCAAACUCCGGCCUGCUCAGGUACUUCAAACCUGGCUGAGGGCCACGUCCGAACCUUCAACCUCAUCUUCAUCCACACAUCAGAGCAGUGACUGGAUCUGAGCAACUUAAUAAAUAAAUAAAUGUUUUAUAAAUAAUAAAA